GUGGAAGUCCCGAGGCUGGUAGCAUGCUUGCAGAUCUUGAUCCAAGGUCUUGGCCGCAUCCAACCGAACAAGCUCUUCCAGUUCAUCCACCAGACUCUCUCUGCAAUUGUACCCAGCUUCUCUGUGCUCGAUCGGCUGGGCCGGUCUCUGAACAGCGAUCAGUCCCCGAAUGGCGGUGACGAGAGCAGUCGUCAUCCAUGCCGUCGAAAGUCUCAUCGCGGAAUUCACGGCAUGCUGCAAUUUGCUCGGUGAGCAGCUGGCAAAGUCGACCGACAGCAAGAAUGCGGAGCAUGUGGCCUUUGCUUGCAAGGGAUUCUACAUGAAGAUAUUUUCCAUGGGCCUCAGUCGCUUGCCUCUGGGCCUGGUAUACCAGUCAAAGCCCCGCCUCUGGACCGCUCCGAUUCAAGAUAAGCUGUUGGCGAGCGCCCAGGGACUUGGAAUCGGAGCCUUCAAUAUUCUCGAAGAUCAUACUGCAUCAUUCCAAUCAUUCGGAGACAUUGCUGUGUUCAUCGCCUUGGUUCUUGAGCGAGACAGUCGCGAAGGCUCGGCCCGUUUCCUCGGGACCCACAUGCUUCCAAAAGUGGUCGGGCGGCCAUGGAAGCUGGCCACGGCCAUCCCGCUGGGUGUCGUCCUGUUUGGGCAGAGCUCGACAGGGAAUCCCGAUGACGUCUUUAUCGCCGACAAGGCACUGGUUUAUCUACAGUACCUCUCGCAACACCUCGCCACCGAGUCGCUGCACAUGGAAGACUACCAAAUGGAUUAUGAUGGCUACUCCAUGAAUGAGCUGAUCCAGAAUUCUCUCCAAUUUAUGGCAGGAUGCCACGCCCCGGGACUUCGGUCGGUUGCGUUUGCAAAGUUCAAGACGUUUUUGCGUGUGUUUGACCACACCGUGAUCUUGCACAUCAUUGCCGAGAUUAUGACGAAAAGCGGACAGCCCAUCCUUGAAGUUGCAGCGCUUGCUAUCCUGAAGGAGUUUGUCCACGAAUUCUGGAAUCGACCGCAUGAUUCUGGGCGCCACCAAAGCCCCAAGCCGAAUACUUUCGCAUCACCCGUGCUGACCGAGACUCUGCUGAAGCUCUUGUUGGAUCCAAAGCAGUCUUUCUAUCUGGACCCUGUUGUGCCGUCACGGACUGUGCUGAACGAUCGACAAACGCUGCUGAGGUCGUCGGACGUGGUCAUGCACGUCUUGAACCUGUACCUCUACCUUCUGAUCCGAGAUCUACCCAGUCGCAAGCUGGGCUUGUGGGAUAAGAGCCACCUCGAUGCUACGAGAAGAGCCUUUCUGGAUCCACUCGCUCGACACGUCGAGCGGCUUGCUCAAGAACAGGAAAACCAGCACUGCCAGCAGCACGCCGAGGAGACAGACCACGACGAUGGAGUCGACCACGCAUGCGCUGCGGAUCCAACCAAGAGCUUGCUGCUGAAUAUGAUGCAAUCGACGCUGAGUCGAAUCGAAGAGAUCACGACGACGGCUGAUCAGGACGAGCAGGAGUGACCGAAGGCAGGAGACAUGGGAUCGUUGGCGAGCAUGUGUCGAGCAAAACGGGGUGUCCCAGUUGUAUUUUGAACACCUGUACAGUCAAUCCAGAAAGAAACGGGACAGACAUGCGUCCUCUGUGCGGAUCGAGCAACCCCGCCCCCAC